AUGGCCCGAAACAGAUGUGAUGGGCUACUUGCAAAGGUUGAUUUUCCUCUCUACACUCUUCAAACUCUUACGAAUCGACAUGUUAUCGUGGCUGGUGGAGGAGGAGCUUCUAACACAGGCGUUGCAAAUGGAUUUGAAAUAUUUGAACUCUCGCACAAUGGUAGUAAAUUUGUAGCAGAAGAAGUGAUGAGGCAUGAGACUGGUCCAAAUGUAGUGAUGAACUUAUCAGUUCGAAAUAUCCAGAACCGAACCUACUUAACAGCUGGUCAAGAGAGUCAUUGCCAGCUGUACAAAGUGAAUAUUCGGAUGGUGGAUGCUGCUGAGAUGAGAAGAGGGAGCUUUCGAGCAGAAAAUGGUCUAGUUCGACGUCGCCGACGCACUGUAUCUGAAAAUGAUAAUAUUUCCAAAAUGGAUAAUAAUUGUAAUACAACAGAAAAAAGAAUAUCAUUUGAAAUGAGGCCUGGUGAUAGUGUGCAGACAGAUUUUGGAGAGGACCCAUUACAAAGAGUAGUUUCAAUAAGUCCAAUUGGAAAUCUUAUGGCAACAGGAGGUGUAGAUGGCCUUGUUAGAGUAUGGAGUUUUCCACAAAUGCAAUUGUUGUUUGAACUUCAGGGUCAUACAAAAGAGCUGGAUGACCUAGACUUUAGUCCAUGUGGCAGUAAGCUGGUGAGCAUUGCAAAAGAUGGCUUUGCCCAUGUCUGGAGCUCAGAAGCUAAGGCUGCACCUCUUUUGCAACUAACAUGUCAACCGCCCAAUGGCACCAAGUUUCUUUUUAGGAGAUGCAAAUUUGCAAUGGUAGAAGAUAAGCCAGAUCAGCACAGAAUGUUCACAGUUGCCAACCCAUUGUCACGGUCUGGCAAACAACGUGGUUUAUUACAAUUAUGGGAACCUGAUAGUGGGGUGUUGCAAAAAAGUGUUGUGUGUAAUGAAGCAUUGUCUGCCUUAACCGUGAGAGAUGAUGGUCGAUUUGUUGGAGUGGGCACAAUGUUUAGUGGAUCUGUUGAUAUCUAUAUUGCAUUUAGCUUGCAGCGUGUGUUGCACGUGAAAAGCGCGCACCGUAUGUUUGUCACGGGUCUAUCAUUCCUUCCCGUUCGCGGGUAUGGUCCAUCAAUCACAUCGCGCAGUGAGGCUGCGUUGCUCUCAAUAUCAGUGGACAAUUGUCUCGUCGUGCACGCCCUGCCUGAACGCAGUACGAUGCCCGCAUGGUUGGCGAUAAUUUUAAUAAUCUUCGUAUUAUUCUGCACCUUUUGCGUAUGUUCAUAUCUAGGUAUAUAA